CACAGUCUUUCACACCUUCACACUCUUUUACAUCUUCAAACUCUUUAACACCUUACACUCUUUUACCAAGCUACAAAGCCUUUCUAGCGACUUCAACUGCACUCCGCUGCCCUAAACAUGUUCAGCUCAAUCAAGAAUGUGUCCAUCAUAGCACUUUGCCUCGCUGUUUCCACCAACGCGGCUGCUAUCCCUUCAGUUUCACCUGAAGCCCUCAACGCCUUCGGAAUAACGGAGGCAGACUUGAUUCAGGCUCGCAGUGCUCCAGAGUCCGAUCUAGUCGAGGCCCGCGCUACUCUUCAAGCUCGCGUCGCGUCCUGCAAGCCUCCUCAAACGCCUGCCAACGCUACCUACGGAGCAUGCGUCCUGCCUCUUACUACAGAAGCUCGCAACGGCAACACAAUCCUCAUGAUAAUUCUUGCCGAAUAUAUGACAAAACGCAUGGGAUGCCCUCUUGACGGCAUCUCUGGCGCUGCGAACCGUCCAAUUGGCAAUAUCAUGGCGCGUAGAUGCGGCGGCCCUGGCCCUGAGCGCAUCGACCAGGGAGUGCAGGGAUUCUCUAUCAAUUCAUCCUUCAAUGAGGCUCCUUGCCGUCCCGGUAGCAAAUGUUCGUGAAGAUGGUCAAUCAAAUAGGCAGAAAGGGUACUUAUAACAGAACGAUAUGUCAAGAGAUCGCCUCUUUUUCUACCUAAUCAUCUUAGUAUUAUAUACUUAGUUUUAGCAUAUAAAAAUGUACUUGUUUAUUCA